CGGACCGACAUUCAUACAUUAUAACACUUCACUCAAUCUAUCUGAUCAAUCACAGAGCAACUUUAAUCAGUCACAGUUCAUCUAGUGCAGAUAACAGUGAGUCAUCUUGGUCAAAAUGGCAACCAAUUCCACAUACUUUGUUGCUCUCUGCUCCUUCGUAGCCACCCGCUACGCGGAAGCCGGGAUCCAACUUGACGAUAUCGAGCGCGAAGAAUUGCCCCUUACCCUCAGCACCUUCCUCAACACCAUCUCCAACGGUCUUGGUGACCCCAUUCCGGAGAAAAGAAAGCGCCGAGGCCGCCAAUGCCAGCCACACAUCAGCGGGCACCGGCAUUCCCGCUCGGGUAUAUCUUCAGGCCUUGUUCCCGAAUACUUCGGCUGCCCGAGAUGCCAUGGCACUGGAACCACCUGCCCAAACGCCAACAUGACCGCCCUCAUCAAUCGUGAAAGCGGGCCUAUUGCCAAGCUAGCCUCAGCAAUCUACGCAGUCGACCAGGUCUUUCACAAAUGGGUAGUCCACGCCUUCCCCCCCGGCUUCUCCUGGGCCUCCUCCCCCUUGGACAACUCCUACUCCCAAGCCGAACUGACCACCUUCUUCAACCUCAUCACCUUGUCCUACAACCUCCACACCCUCCGGACCACCCUCAAGGACCUCAGCACCCACAUGAAAUUCGUCUCCAGAAAAAUCUCCGCCUUCUCCGCCGCCCUCUCCUUCCUCUUGGGAAUCCUAAUCCACAUCUCGGAGAGCCACGGAGUCCAAAUCCCCCCUAACCUCCCCUUCACCUUCAAACCAGUCGACGAAACCCAUUACCGCUGCCCCUUCCCGGGCAUCACCAACCAGUCCAACACCAGACCCCCACAUGACCACUACUUCACCCUCGUCAAGAGUUCCAUCCUCCUCCGCCACGCCGUCACCCAACUUUCCAAAUUCAUCACCACCACGCUCGCCUCCCACAUCCGCCUCGCCGUCAUGUCCGUCGGCGCCUUGUCACAAUCCCCCCCCGGAACUAUCGACCCUUCUCUCCUCUGCCCAGGUAGGCUGGGCCAGUUAGCGGACAAGCUGGGGAACAUGGAGGUCAUCUCCAUGGAGCAGGAACUCAAGCCUUUUCUCCAACGGCUCGAGGACCAUGCCGCGGCUGUCAAGGAGAAGCUGGGUGGGUGGGAUUUGGGGGAUCAGGCGCUGGCAAUGGAUACCAGCACUCUGUCGGGGUCGUAUGUCGAGAUGUUGGCGGGCAAGUUUGGGGAGGUUCAGACGGCGACGUUGGGGAGUGGCGGGUGGAUGAUCCAGGUUGCGGAGGAGGGGGCGAGGGUGGUAGGUGAGGUUGCUGAGGGGUAUAGGCUGUUGAGGCUGAGGGAGUAUUGUUGA